CCCGCGGGCUGGCUGACGCUGGCGGGUUGAGGGAGUUCCUGCCGGUGGCUGUCACCGCCCCGUUUCUCUCCCGAUGGUGCGCUCCUGAAGCCAGCUGCCUGCGGGCGUCGCCCCGUGAUGGAGCACAUCCGGACGACCAAGGUUGAACAAGUGAAGUUACUUGACCGGUUUAGUACCAACAACAAGUCACUGACGGGAACCCUGUAUCUUACAGCCACACAUCUGUUGUUUAUUGACACUCAGCAGAAAGAAACCUGGAUACUACACCACCAUAUUGCCUCUGUGGAGAAACUUGCUCUCACCACUUCUGGAUGCCCACUCGUGAUCCAGUGCAAGAACUUCAGGAUUGUGCAUUUCAUCGUUCCCAGGGAAAGAGAUUGCCAUGAUAUCUAUAACUCUCUGCUGCAACUGUCAAAACAAGCAAAAUAUGAAGAUCUCUAUGCAUUCUCUUAUAAUCCCAAACAAAAUGAUUCUGAACGACUGAAGGGUUGGCAGGUCAUUGACCUUGCUAAGGAAUAUGAGAGGAUGGGCGUGCCCAAUGAGAACUGGAAACUGUCCGAUGCCAACCGAGAGUACAAGGUCUGUGAGACUUACCCAAGAGAGCUGUAUGUUCCAAAAACAGCCACCCCGCCAAUGAUCAUGGGCAGUUCCAACUUCCGGAGCAAGGGCAGACUUCCGGUCCUGUCCUACUGCCGGCAGGGCACUGAGGCUGCCAUUUGUCGAUGUAGCCAGCCAUUGUCAGGCUUCAGUGCCAGGUGCGUGGAGGAUGAGAAGUUGCUUAAAGCCAUUAGUGCAGCCAACUCAGGAAACCAUUACAUGUAUGUUGUGGAUACCAGGCCCAAGCUGAAUGCCAUGGCUAACAGAGCAGCUGGAAAAGGUUAUGAAAAUGAAGACAACUAUUCUAAUAUUAGAUUUCAGUUUGUUGGAAUAGAAAAUAUUCAUGUCAUGAGAUCCAGUCUUCAGAAAUUACUAGAAGUGAAUGGCAACAAGGGACUGUCUGUCAAUGAUUUCUACUCUGGUUUGGAGAGCUCGGGAUGGCUUCGCCAUAUCAAGGCUGUUUUGGAUGCUGCAAUCUUCUUAGCCAAGGCAAUAGUGGUUGAAAAUGCGAGUGUGCUGGUGCACUGUUCGGAUGGCUGGGAUCGGACUUCCCAAGUUUGUUCCCUGGGUUCGCUUUUGUUGGAGCCUUACUACAGGACAAUGGAAGGAUUCAUGGUUUUAAUAGAAAAAGACUGGAUAUCGUUUGGGCAUAAAUUUUCAGAGAGGUGUGGCCAUUUGGACGGCGACCCGAAGGAAGUCUCCCCGGUGUUCACUCAGUUCUUGGAGUGUGUGUGGCAUCUGACUGAGCAGUUCCCACAAGCCUUUGAGUUCAACGAAGCGUUUCUCCUUCAGAUCCACGAGCAUGUUCAUUCGUGCCAGUUCGGGAACUUCAUUGGGAACUGUCAAAAGGAAAGAGAGGAACUCAAGUUGAAGGAGAAGACUUACUCCCUGUGGCCCUUUCUUUUGGAUGACAGACAGAAGUACUUAAACCCUCUCUAUAGUUCCAAAUCUGAGAGACUGACAGUCUUGGAGCCAAAUACGGUUUCUUUCAAUUUUAAGUUUUGGAGAAACAUGUACCACCAGUUUGAUCGGACGCUCCAUCCUCGACAGUCUGUAUUGAAUAUAAUUAUGAAUAUGAAUGAGCAAAACAAGCAGUUAGAGGAAGACAUUAAAGACCUAGAAGCUAAAAUUACGCAGUGCAAAAAUGGCAUCCUAACGAAGGACUUGCUGCUUGGCGUUCACCCUGAAUUGCCUGCCCUCAAAACCUCCCUGUGUCUGAAAGAGCAGAGCCUGCUCCCGGUGAACGACACGCUUCGUGCUAUAGAGGGCAGCAGCCCAGCGGAUAAUCGGUACUGCGACUACCCCGAGGAGUUCUCCAAGUCAGAGCCUGGUGUGGUCAGCUUGGAGUACGGUGUGGCAAGAAUGACUUGUUAGACCCCUUCAGUGUUGCCUGGACUGACUGUCGUGUAAGAAAUGUGUCGCUGGAGGAUGAUGCUCUACACGUGGCAGGGGGAUUUCUUGAAUGACUUUGGGGCUUAACAGCAGGUGAAUAGUUGAGAAAGGGAUCAUGACUGCUCUUGAGAAGAAUAAGUCAGCUAAGUGCCAUUUGUAGCAAGAGCGAUAUUCAUUUCUGUGGGAAGUGGGUGGUAUUGGGUGUACUUACUGAAAAUGGUUUACAGGGUACACCAGUGAGCGACAGGCUGUUGAUUCAGAUCUUAAUUAUAACCAAGCUCAAGCAGCUUUCCUUAAGUGUGAUUUAACUGAGAAAACAGACCUGACAGUGUGACCCCUGAAUGACUGGCGCGGCAUGUGCUUUCGGGUCUGAGAUGUGUGACUCUUUGUGUAUUUUGCCACAUAGUGACAUUUUAACAUUGAAGUGCCAUGAGAAGUACUUCUGAGACAGCCUUAAAGUAAAUUCUCAGCUUUUUCUUUUGGUGUUACAGCCAUGAACAAGAUGUCUGAUUUCUCCUUAGUCAGCCUUACUUCAUGAAAAGAACUGCACUCUCAUUCCCUGACGGUCGCAAGCUGCGGCGGCGCUCCUGCAUAGAGAGCCUAGACUCUGGUAGUUCGCAAUUGGCCAAGCCCACCCAUGUUUAGCGCUAAGGCCUCUGAGGGCUUUGUUCUGGUUGUCAUUGGUUUGAGCUGCAGCUGACAGUUCAUUAUUUACAGCUUAGAGGACUGAUUUCUUAGACUAGUAUAAGCACAUUUGGCAUUUACUUUUGGAUUACUGCAUUCUCUUAAUUCUUGCUUCGUGGUUGGCUUUAAUCCUUUAAUAACUGUACGUUUAAAGUGGCAAAGCUCUAACGUGUUCCGAGUACUAACUACAUUCUGAGCUUCCUGAUCUCCUAGAGCAUUUCCCUGUCCUGUACCUGCCUGUGAACUACCAGGUGAAGUAAAAAGGGGCAGACUGGUAGUGGGGGACUUUGCUUGGUUAUGUGAGUUUUGAAGCAAUCAUUUUUAUGUGGAAUAUGUUUCUUUUCUCUUAAAAUAUAGACGGAACAGAAAGGGAGCACUGAGGGGAGCCAGUUAAUGUCCAACAAAAGGAGCUUUAGCUCUGGAAAGGGUUUGUUUUCUUUUGUUACAGUCAUUGUUUAUUCUGUGCACUAGGGCAUACACAUCUUUUCCAAAAAUCACCUCCAAUUGACAGUAUUACCAGCUGGCUUUAAAACAGAGUCUAAUACCAUGGAAGACAUGAGGUACAGUUCAAGGUCACUAAGAAGUCUACAUAAGUUAUCAUACAUAUCUCCUGAUUACACCUGUAUCUAUAAUAUUUCUUGUAUUAGUUUUGAACAUAUGUAUCUGUUUUUGAAAAAGAAGAAAGCUUUAUUGUAUGUGAUUUUUCUCUAGUCCUGUUUAUUUUUACAAUUCACUUCCAUAAAACCUAUGUAAUAAAAACACUGCAUUUUAAAAAGUAACAGAAAUGUACUAUAAAAAUAUAACAUAUAAUUAAUGGUGUUUAGACAUUGGGAAAGGAAACUUAAUCUCUGUGGCCACAACAAGAAGCUUUUGUGCCUUGGUUCUACCAGGUUGUGGUUUUAGACUCCUCUAUGGCAGACUUCCUAUAGUCAUCAUUUUGGUUCAUUAUGCUAAUCUCCAGCUUCACAUACACAUACGUGUUUGUGUGCUCACACACAGAUAACAUCCUGGGUGACAUACAGGGCGUAUGUUGGCAAAAGUCUGUGUGAAUGUCUUAUAAAAUUGGAUUUAUGUUCAUUGUGUUUUGGGAUGUAUAGCAUGUAAAUUAUUUCAUGUAUUAUUUAAAGGCAAUUAAAUGUUCGUGUUUUACUUUGAAUGUUUUUCUUUUGGGAAAAAGCAAGUGAGGGUCUUAGAGGAGAGCCCAGUACCGUCAUGUUACUAAACCAGCAUGAUAUCUGGC